AUGCAAGCGCGACAGAGUAACGGCCUCCAAUCUCGGCGCAACCAACUGCAGCAGCGCGGGGCACAAAACUUUUGGCUCAGAUCAGCGAAACCUGCGCCAGGGAACGCACCACGGUAUGGCCCUCCCCAUACACAAUUGUAUCAGGCGAGCGGCGCUGCACCAGGUGCUGCUGCACUUCAAGAGGGUGCUCGCCCCACGGGUUUUCAAGAUGGCCAUGGAGCCGGGACGGGUUUCUUACCUAUGGCAGAUACCAUGAUGAGCGCCGCUCCACCGUCUGAUGCUUCACCGGAAAACGUGAUGAGCACGCUGAACCAACUAAAAAGCAUGAUGGAGAGGAUGCGGCAGGAGAAGGGCCCGGAGGAAGACCAGCCAUUCUCCUACCUGCCUUCUGCAAGCCAAGGUGGUGACUCCGCAGCCGUCGAGUAUGACAAUCCCAGCCAGGAGAUGGACUAUUUCCGGAAAGAGUUGGAGAACUGUAAGAAAGAGGUGGCCGCCACCCAGCAGGAGCUGGGAAGCGUCAAGAGAGCCAUGAAACAGCUCGAAGAAGCCAACAAUAACUUGAAGAAAAAAACUACCGAGAGUUUGGAAAGUCUCCGAGACCAGCUGUCACUCCUUUUGAAUGCAUGCCCGCUCCCCGAGGACGACCCUUUUGCAUACCCGCCGCUUCCCAGCUCAUGA